AUAUUCUCCAUUUAUUUGCAAUGAGGGAAGGCCUGCACUGCCUGAACAUUCAAACUAGUUGAGGGAAUAGUUUACAGUGAACAAAUUCUCUUCCCCCGUCCUCUUUGUAUUUGCAAGAAUUUAAAAAGCAAGAAACACACUCAAGAAAAUCUAGUUAUCUUUUCAAUCAAGUCGUUGGUCUUUUCAGUGUUGAAUAGCCAUGCAGGUUUAAUAAGAGAGAGAAGGCGGUAACUAACAGCUAAUGUUAGCUUGUUGACUUCUUGCCUUUGGACAUACAGUAUUUUGUCAUUAAGAAACAUUACCGAGGGAUUAUUAACCCUGGCCACCGAGUGGAAGAGAAGUUAACCGGCGUCUGAAAAAAUGAUUAUUGAAAACCUAGAUUCAUUGAAAACGUGGCUUUUUAAAACCCUCGAACCAAUUUGUGAUGCAGAUCCAUCUGCCCUCGCUAAAUACGUCGUUGCCUUGGUGAAGAAAGACAAAAGCGAGACGGAACUCAAAGCCCUGUGUGUCGACCAGUUGGACGUAUUUCUACAGAAAGAGACGCAGACUUUUGUCGAUAGACUCUUCGAAGCCGUCAACUCCAAAAGCUACCUACCUCAGCAGGACCAUCAGCCAGGUUCCGUGGGCAAAGCGGAGGGACACCUGACCAGGACGGACAAAGACGACCCGAGGAAAGACGAGCCAAGUCGUGAGGAGGACCGGGACAAGAAGUUCUCCAGGAGAGUGAACUACAGUCCCCCUUCCAGCUCCCGCUACAGUAGAGACAGCAGACGAGGGGAUGACCGUAAAAGGGACGACCGUACCAGGAAACGUAAUGAUUAUGACCGCAUCCCCCCGAGACGGGACUCGUACCGGGACCGUUACAACCGGAGGAGGGGCCGUAGCUACAGCCGCAGUAGGAGCCGGAGCAAGGACCGGGCCAGGGACCGGGAGAGAGACCGAGACCGCAGUAGCAGGAGUCACAGCAGGAGCCACUCCAAGAGCAGAGAGCGGGAUGCUGGGAGGUCAAAGUACGAGCCCGAUCGAGGAGACCGGGGGACGGAGGUUGGAGCUGGUGAAGGCCUCCUGCCGAUCCCCACGGCAACCGCCACGUUCCCCGUGCCCACCCUCAGCAGCACCAUCACGGUGAUCGCCCCUCAAGGUAACCACAGCAACAGCAUCGCCUCGGUGACGGACAGCUGGUCGGACUUCCACCCGGAUCAGUCACUGGACCGGCCCCUUCCGCCACAGAGGAAACGUUGCCGUGACUACGACGAGAAAGGCUUCUGUAUCUAA